AAAUCUCGUCGCCCUCGAAACAUGUCUCAUAUUUCUACGCCUAAAACCCUCCAGGCAUCAUGCUAAUUGUGCCGUCCCAUCAAUAACAUUGCCACUCCACUCGCCAUGCGGCUUCCCAACCGCGUGAGGCAGUUGGCGCAGACUCGCAGCCUUCACCAAGUCUCGACCCGGGUGUCACUGAAGACUUUUGUACUAGAGGUCAGACAGCCGUGCAGAUAUCAUGUUGAGGGGUGGCAGCCGAGACAUUUUGCCAGAGUCACAUUCGUCAAACAUUCACAACGAUGCAUUUCAGGUGAACAGACUGCCAAAGACCUGAACCAGCAGGGAAUCGACGAAGCGCUAUCUGAGUUUGACGAUGCCGUCACAGAGGAAGGAAAGGACAAGCAGUUGCGAGCCCCGUGGCAUCGUCAGGGAGCACAAGAGCCUCCCGUACGAAGGCAACGCUCUGCUGGGGCCAUGACCAAAGGAAAAUUACUGACAACCCCUUCGAGACUGCUCAAGCUCGUCCUACCACUGACUACGAUUGAUAAAAACUCCGAUAGAAAAGACGUCGCUCCUCUGGCUCUUCUCGUCCACCCGCAACAGCCGCUCUCCUAUCUGGAAAGACUAAUCCAGUCAGAACUACCUACCAUGAAUACGGAGGAUGGGAGCAAUAAAGUACCUUCAGUGUCAUUUCGAGCGAUGGAGUCCACAAGUGAUGAGAUCAAACCUAAGAAAAAGCUACCAUCCGAAGAGAAAGACGACAAAGAACCUCGAAGCGAAUCUCUCGGCGAUGGGGGCGUUGAGAGCUACAGUGGUGCCGGCCGAGAAGGAGAGGGUGAAGACAAAGGAGAUUUCGUAAGGUGGAGUGCCUCAACAGAGAUUGGAGACUUCAUAAGAGAUGCAGCACGAGCGAAAGAGUUUGAAGUUGAGAUCGAGGGAAGCCCUCGGACCAUCAAAGUCGCUGUGCCGUCUUUCAAUGACCGCACAUUCUAUCUGCGGCAAAGACUGCGGAAGACGUCAAAGAAGAUUGCCGACAUGGCUGCGAUCAAGAAGGAAUGCGACCUGGCUGCUCACAGGAGUGGUCAGAGGUUAGCCAUGGGUGGCUGCGGUUUGUUGAUUGGUUGGUGGUACGUGGUGUACCGUUUGACCUUCGAGACGGACCUAGGCUGGGAUGUUAUGGAGCCAGUAACCUACCUUGUCGGAUUGAGUACCAUCAUCGGUGGCUAUAUGUGGUUUUUGUACCAUAAUCGUGAGGUCUCAUACAGAUCAGCAUUGAACCUGACCAUUAGUCGGCGUCAAAGCAAGCUUUAUGAAAUGAGAGGAUUCGACAUUCAAAAGUGGGAGGCAUUGGUCGAGGAAGCAAAUGCUAUCCGAAAAGAGGUCAAGGCUGUUGCAUCCGAGUAUGACGUCGAAUGGGAUGAAGUCAAAGACGAACAUGGUCAAGAAGUGAGCAACGCUCUGCGAGAAGAACGGAAGAAGGAAAAGGGUCAGAAGAAGAACGACAAAGAGGAGGGAGAAGACGACGAUUAACAUUAAUCACUGCCUGACGCCCAGCACCAGCCCAUGCCUUAACUAGUACAAAAUACAGGGAAUAUUACCAACGUCGAGUCUUACGGUAAUAUCAGCGACGUACAUACGUAUUCCUAGCCGGAUCAAAUAUUGCCGAAUCUGAACCUCCUGAUGAAUGACCUGGUGGGCAAAUUAACACCUAGAGGCGACACAUGGCGAGAGCUACUCACUUCCACCACUACUACCAUCACCGGCUCGUCGGUUCCGAUUAUUGCGUAUGUCCCUGGACCGGAAGACGCUGUAUAGCAGCCAAAGCGUUACCCAAUUUGGGGCGUGCUCUCCCGUGGUAGCUCCCUGGUCGAACAGAGUGCGCUGGAUGGUGCCAGGCUUUGCCUGCUGCCAGGUGUCGAUAAUGGCUUGACGGCGACGUUCUUGACGGAUAUGAUGCCAGAAGAAUGGAGGUGAGGUUGACUUGUCGCCUCGCUUCUCAUCUAUCAGGCUUGAUCGGUCGGCGUUCAGACCAUUGUAAACGGCAAUUGCUUCUUCCUGUGAGCACAUCAGUCCCUUAUCGAGCGGGAUACCCAUUCCUUUAGCGCUUGGACCUACCCGCAUGGCUCGAUAAUAUCCUUCGUGUCGUGGAUCGGUAGUGCUGAGACCAAGGGCCUUCAUGAAGUCAUCCUUCGGAGCUCUCGGUCCUACAGGCUGCGUUUGAGGCAUUCUGGCGGUGAAGAAAAGAGGUCGAUGAAACAGCCCGAAAUGUAUGUGCAAGAUGGUACGAGUUCGUGAGCACAACGAGUGAGUGUCACAGACUUUUGCGUGAGCUUUUGCUUAGAGCGCAUCCCUAUAUAUCACGAGCCGAGACCCAGACACUGGGCAAAAGAAGACGAGAGAAGCAAACAUACCAUCGAUCCACAUGCGAUACAAUCAAGCAAGACGAUUACCUGCACGCGUCUCGCACCUCAGUUGGGCAUCUGAGCAAGCCUAUUUUCAAAUCCGGACAUUCGGCUGCGUCUGGGAAAUGGUGAUGGGAUUCGCCCAUCGCCUGGCAACCAUUUGAGCCUGAAGUCAAAUCUGGCCGUACAUGACAUGCAACAGCAGGCUUAGCGAGUUUGACAUAUGCAUGCACCCGGUGAGCAAGGGCGCCUCGUGGUCUUCUAUUUGUGUGGAACCCUCUGGAGGCCAAACCGGACGACAUCCAUGAUGCCGCAUUUUCCCCUAAGCGUCGCCUCGAUGCAUGGAGACCGAAGCCGCCAGCCACAUUGAAAAUCAGGGACAGUUGCGAAGAUGCCUCCCCCGAAAUCUUCCAAUGCAGAAAAGAGCGGCAUAGGGAGGCUUUUUUCUCGUUUUUGCUGAUGAGACAAGGUGGUGGUUUGGACCCCCUGCUACGCGGGGCUGCAGCAAACCAACGGUGACUGUAUGCAAUCUCAUACACUGGUUCGAACUAGAACGCCUCUGGAACCUUCCUAACACUAUUUGCUUGUUGGCAGGUACCUUCCCGGUAUCAGCCUGCUUGCCUAGCGGCUUACGAGCUGUACUUAUUCACCGUUGGACGGCUCAGUUUCGAAGCCAAUAUGACAGCUGUCGUGUCACGGACAGCGGCAACCCUGGUCUACCAGGCUCAAAAUGAUCUGCAGCCAUAUUUCUCUGAUUUGCGAUGGCAAGGAGGAAUCUAAUAUAUAACCGGGUUUGAUGUUUGCUCCGUGAUCUUACGGUCGAAGCACGCAUACAGAACAACCAAGAGCGCACUGCCUGCAUUGACUUUUCCACAAAAGGACAUUUAUCAAAGAAUUGUUCGACCCGAAGAUUGUCCGCAUUGCAUGUGCAUCUCGAAGCGAACAGGGGAUCGAUGUCCCCUCGUCCAAGCGUCAAUUGACCUUUAACUGUGUAAUCGUGCUUCUCGCUCACUCUAUCAAUAUUUGAGGUCUUUGCCGAUGGACGAGUUGGAGUCUGCCUCCAGCCAUUGAGGUUGCCGGAACAGAAAACUAUUCCUCUCAAGUUUCCAUGAUACGUUGGCUGCCUUCUUGCUGCGGUGGACGAUGUCCAAAUGCCAGCCGGCUGUACGACGUUCGCAACCGCCUUGCACGCAGUGGGGCCGAAUGCGCCACACGGUCCGCACUCUGUGUGACGAAUGGUUAGUCUAUCAGCAGGACUGUCGAGGUACGCGAUAAUGCUACGGAGUAUCACUGUCACGUCUACCAGGAGUGGAAGGCAAGCAGACCUGCCACGGCAAUUUUCUUUUCGCCAUGACCGGGAGGACAUAUACUGGAGUGGGACCGGAGACAUGGUGGGAAGGGAUUUUAUGUAAUGGUCGGCUCUCCCGACGUUUCAAAUCAAGAAGACGUUGAUGGGGAAGCUGGCCAGGGUUACUGAUUGAAACCUGGACGGGUAUACAAUACCAUGCUCGAAGACUAGUCGGCAAUUGCCGAGGCGGAGUGCACCCGAGUGCAGCGGUUCAACGGCUCUCCCGCUCGAACGAGCCCUAUCAUGUUUCAUGUCAAGGCGGACGAGGUAGGGUAGAGGACAAGGGUGUUUUUUUUCUUCUUGUUGGAGGACGAGGCUGCUUGCAGACUUGUGAUCCACUCAGUCAUGACAGCAAGCGACCUGCUCCACGGAGCUACGUCUGGUGUGACAGCCCUUUUCGUUCUUUGAUUAGGAGAUGGUUCUCGAGUGAUGUGUUAUACCAAAUCCGCAGCCGCUGAGCCUACGUUUUCUAGUUUGUGGUCUCGAGGUGGCUGAGCAUUCGAUGGGAAGGGGUGGUUUAGUCUCUGUGUUGUAUGGGGAGUCUCUGUACGGAGUAAAGACCCUAAGCAAACAAUAGAAAGCAGUACGGAGUAGGCGUUCAAUAAUUG